AUGCAAGGUAUUCAGGUUUUCGACAGCGAACCAUACCAUGGUCCCAGCGAUUAUCGAGCAGUCUCCUGUGAGAACGGAUUCGACGCUCCCAAGGUACUUCCCGUCAAUGACACCACGAUCGACUGGUGGUAUUUCGACGCAGUAGCCGACGAUGGCAUCUCCUCUCUCGUCGUUGUUUUCUUCCUCCGCGGCAGCAACGCUGGCUUUCCGGGUCCCUCGUAUGAGGGUGUCCCAUGGGUCCAAGUGACAGGAACGUAUCCGAACGGGACUACUUUCCUCCUCAACUUUGUCGGCAACGAGGCCAUCGUAUCAACAUCCGGUCAGGGCGCUAGCGGCAUCUGGGGUGGCGAGCACCACAACAUAUCCUUUACCGGCACGCCUGACCUGUCCGAGUACCAAAUUGAGCUCAAGACCGAUGCAAUCAGCGGGGUCUUUCACGUGCGCUCGACUGCUCCUCCCCACUAUCCUUGCAGCCAGGUGCUUCCCGGCCGCACGAUGGAGAUAGUUCCUGGAAUCGGCUGGGCCAACUCGAUCCCAGAUGGCGAUGUCACAGUCGACGUCGAGGUUAAUGGGACCCCAUUGACUUUUACCGGAAUUGGAUACCACGACAAGAAUUGGGCAGUCAAUGGCUUCAAUGAGUCGCUUGGCAGCUGGUACUGGGGUCACGCACGGGCCGGACCAUACAGCCUAGUGUGGAUCGACGCCCUGACCCAAGAAAACGAAGCGCACGUCAGUGGGUAUGCAGUACGCGACGGGCAGAUCCUGAGCACGAGAUGCGACAGCAAUGUCCAGGUCCGCCCCGUGGGACAAAACAUCACCCACCCUCCCUUCCCGGGCUCACCUACGCCCGACACCUACCACUUGGAGAUGACGCUGAACGACGGCACCAUUCUCAGCGCCGACCUCCUACCGGCCGUGCAAUCUGGAGGUAUAGGUAUGUAUGCUAGGUGGGUGGGCAACAUCACGGCGACGGUUGGCGACGAGGUUCAUGAGGGCCUGGUCUCGUACGAGUACUUCAACUUUUUCGGGGUGGACCGUUUGAACUUUGACAUACCAAAUUUGGAGAUGACUAGGCAAGAAUAA